AUGUCUCAACGAAUGUUUAUGAUUGAACGAAUCGCAUACCAGCCAGAACCUCAUCGCGCGGACCAAUUCAAAGUUCUCGGAUCAACUGGCAAUGUCUACACUGUAACCAUCGGCUCUACACCCGAUUGUGAUUGUCCCGACUGCGAGAAGGGCAACUCGCCGUGCAAACACAUCAUCUUUGUCUUCUUGAAGGUCCUCAAAGUCUCAAUCGGCAGCCCGAUCUGGUAUCAAAAGGGUAUCACUCCAGCAGAGUUGAACAGCGUUUAUGCGGGUGCUCCAGCAGAACCUUCGGCCUCUGUAUCAGUCAACAGUAGAGUCCGCGACGCGUACUUUAAAGCGACGGGCAAAGAGCCCCCCGCCGAACCAGCCCAAGGCGGGAGCGGAGGCAAACGGAUCGCAGCUAUCGGUGAAGACUGUCCUGUGUGCUAUGAUGAGAUGACGCAGAAGGACGAGGAUAUGAAAAAGUUGGUGUAUGACGAGUCGUUGGGAGGAUGCGGACGUCCUCUUCAUGAUCAGUGUUUCAGGAUGUGGGCAGCCACAGCCAAAAAACAACACAAGGAUGUGACUUGCGUGUGGUGUCGCUCGCCAUGGGCCGACAGUGCCGGAGCAAGUCAGGGCAAGGGCAAAGGCGCAUCCAAGACCGGAGUCUCUUACAGUUCCAUGGGAUAUAUGAAUAUGGCGCAUGCUGCGGGCAUCAGUCCACGAAGGGACACAAGCACAUAUUACCACGGCCGAGGACACCAAUACGACGAUGAUUAA